CUUUAAUCCCUGUGUGUUGCAUGAGUAUUUCCUUCAAAAUUAUGUGAUGUUGUAUUCCCAUUAUUAAGUUACUUGGUUAUACCUCGAGGAGGUAGUAAGCGACUAAAUCGGUCAGAACUAUAUAAUUGAUGUUGCUCUCCAUGCUUGCUAUGUAACAGCUAACUGAGGACAUAUAGUUAUUGGGAGAGACGAUUAUUGCUUUGUUCGAUACAUGGAAAUAUUUUUUAAUCUUCAAUUCUGAAGUUGUAUGUUUGUAUACAAAAACUAUAUAGUUAUUGAAGAUGAAAACAAAGUUUGAAAAAUAAUAUUGAUAUGUGACAAAGAUUACCUUAUUGCAACGUCUUAAACUGGGUCAUAAUGUUGGUUAGAAGUUGGAAUGUAAUCAUGCUACACUGAGCUCAUUAAGUGGUUGCAGGAUUUAUACAAUGGAGCAUUACAGAGUAAGAGAAUGUCUUACAAUGGUGUUCCCAGUGCACCACCUUUCUAUUCUGCUUCUGAAUUUGAACAAGUUACCGAGCAACAUUCAAGUUUUGGGUCUUCUAGCAUUCCUUUACCUGCAAGCACCAAUAAACCAAACUCAGCAGGAGCUAUUGUUAAUGAAACUCGUUUACAGGACAGCAACGAGAAUGCAAUUCCUAAUCCGUCUACCAGGUCUGAUGUUGGUGUUGAAGUUAAUGCAUCUGCAAGUUCUUUUCCUGCUCGCCUCCCUAAUUUUCAUGCAAGUGAGCUAGGUCCAUGGUAUGCAGUGAUUGCUUAUGAUGCCUGUGUUCGGCUUUGUCUUCACUCAUGGGCCAUGGGUUUUGCUGAAGAAGCUCCCUACUUCUUGUGUAAUGAAUGUGGAUUGCUGCGAAAUGCAUUUGGGACCCACUCCUGGCUGCAGUUUAUGUCUCUUCCACCACGUAUGCUGAGGCUAGACUCACUUCGUGAACAUGUAUCGCAUCUGAAUGCCACGCUAUCUUCUGGAUGGAAGGCAAUAAAGACAGUCCGUGUAACACCUAGAACUCCUGUCAAUGGUUCAUUUUCACGACAAAGCUUGGCUUAUUUGCAGGCAGGCACUCAAUAUAUUAAGCAGGUAUCCAGGGUCUUGAAAAAUGAAAUAAUUACGCUGCAGAACAGUUCAGCUUCAUAUGAAGUAGUUCAAGAAUCAUAUUCGUGCUUAUUGAGAUUGAAAAGUUCACCCGAAGAGGAUCAGGUCCGCAUGCAGCCUGGAUCUGGAGAAGCCCAUGUAUUUUUACCAGAUAGUCUUGGUGAUGAUUUAAUCAUUGAAGUUCAAGAUUCCAAAGGACAGCACUAUGGCCGAGUCAUGGCCCAAGUGACAGCUAUUGCUGAUGAUCCAGGUGAUAAACUUCGAUGGUGGCCCAUAUAUCAUGAGCCAGAGCAUGAACUUGUUGGCAGGAUACAACUGUACAUAAACUAUUCUUGUCAAGACGAGAGUAACCAAAAUAAGUGUGGCUCUGUUGCAGAAACUGUGGCAUAUGAUUUGGUGCUAGAAGUUGCUAUGAAAGUCCAACAUUUUCAACAAAGAAAUUUGUUGCUAAAUGGUCAGUGGAAAUGGUUAGUGAAUGAAUUUGCAUCAUACUAUGGAAUAUCAGAUGCUUAUACAAAGCUAAGAUACCUUACAUAUGUUAUGGAUGUUGCUACACCUACUAAGGACUGCCUUGAUCUGAUUCAUGAUCUGUUAUCACCCGUAGUAAGGAAGGGCAAUGGCAAGAAUGUAUUAAGUCAUCAAGAGAAUCGUAUACUAGGGGAAAUUGAUGAACAAGUACAGGAGAUUCUACGUUUAGUAUUUGAGAACUACAAGUCACUGAAUGAGGCAUUACCAUCAGGGAUAGUUGAUGUUUUUGGACCUGCCACUGGUUCACCAGCUCCUGCCUUGGCACCUGCGGUCAAGCUUUACAGUCUUCUGCAUGAUAUAUUAAAUCCUGAGUCGCAGUUGAAGUUAUGUAGAUAUUUUCAGGCUGCUGUAAAGAAGAGGUCAAGACGGCACUUGGCAGAAACUGAUGAAGCUAUUCUUAGCAGUAACGAAGGCACAUUAAUAGAUCCUCUUAUUGCUUCUACUUCCUAUCAGAAGAUGAAGUCCUUAAUCUUGAGUUUUGGAAAUGAAAUUCAGACUGAUAUAGAGAUACAUAAUCAGCAUGUAUUCCCCAGUUUUCUGGACCUUCCAAAUCUUUCUGCAUCAAUAUAUAGUGUGGAGCUUAGUAGUAGAUUGCGGGCAUUUCUUGUUGCAUGCCCUCCUUCUGGUCCAUCACCUCCCGUCACAGAGCUUGUUAUCGCAACAGCAGACUUUCAGAGGGAUCUUUCUCGCUGGAACAUUAAUCCCAUCAAAGGGGGUGUCAAUGCCAAAGAGUUAUUCCACUACUAUAUAAGCCUCUGGAUUGAAGGCAAACGUCUUGCUUUGCUGGAUUCCUGCAAAUUAGAUAAGGUGAAGUGGUCUGGUGUCAGAACACAACACUUAACAACCCCUUUUGUCGAUGAUAUAUACAAUCUGCUGAAAGAAACACUUAAUGAAUAUGAGAUCAUUAUCCUGCAGUGGCCAGAAUAUACAAUAGCCUUGGAGAAUGUUAUUGCAGACACCGAAAGAGCGAUUCUUGAUGCUUUAGACAAGCAAUAUGCAGAUGUUUUAUCACCAAUUAAGGACAAUCUGAACCCCAAGAUAUUCGGGCUAAAAUAUGUCCAAAAAUUGGCAAAAGGAACGACUAACAUCUACUUUGUUCCAGAUGAGUUAGGAAUUCUUCUAAAUUCCAUGAAAAGAAUGCUUGAUGUUCUGCAACCGAGGAUAGAAACUCAAUUGAAAUCUUGGUCUUCUUGUAUCCCUGAUGGUGGAAGUGGAGUCCCAGGAGAGCGCCUCUCUGAAGUGACAGUAAUGCUCAGAGCAAAAUUCAGAAAUUAUCUGCAAGCAAUUGUGGAGAAACUUGCAGAAAAUACAAGGAUACAAAGUGUUACAAAAUUGAAGAAAAUAAUCCAAGACUUGAAAGAUACUAUGGCAGAAUCAGAUGUGCGUUGUCAAAUGCAACCUUUAAAAGAUUUAUUGGUAAAGACGAUUGACAACCUUUAUUCAGUAUUUGAACCUCAUGUGUUCAUAGCCAUCUGCCGGGGUUUCUGGGACCGGAUGGGACAGGAUAUCCUGCGUUUUCUAGAAGAUAGAAAAGAUAACAAGUCCUGGUACAAAGGCUCCCGGAUUUCUGCUUCUAUUCUAGACGAAAUAUUUGCAUCCCAGAUGCAACAAUUGCUCGGCAACGCACUGCAAGAAAAAGACCUGGAGCCACCAAGAUCGAUAAUGGAAGUCCGUUCCAUGCUCUGUAAAGAUUCUGUAAAUUACAAUGACAACUACUACUAUUAGAGUAAUACAUGUUCUAUAUAGAUGAAUUUAAGAAGGCAAUUCAGCUUCAGUUAGUAUCAGAUUGAAGAAUAGAGAAGGCUGACGGCUUUAUAGAAACACUAAACAGAGAGAAGGUAUCCUCGGAAAGAUGAUUUUUGUUCUAAAGAUAUAUACAGUAUAUAGAGAUUUUGUAAAGAAUUUCACCAUGGCCUAUCUGGUGUUUUUCCUUCAUCAAAUAAAGAAGAUGUAGAAAUUUUGGCAAA